CCUUAGCUUGGUUUUUAAGUUCCCAAAUUUUGUUUUAGAUAUUCAUUCCUUCUGUCAGGCUGGCUGGUGGACUGACAGUGGAAGGAGACAAAUUAAAGAAAUUUGGUUCUAGUCUUGUCCCUGCCACUAACUAGAGAGUCUCUCUGGAUCUGUUUCUCAGAUGCAAAAUGAGAGAUUCAGUAAUCCUGUGAGCACCUUCACUUUGUGCUCCUGGAAGUCUGUAUGUGUGCUCGGGGUAUUGAGGGGACCCCUGAAACAGCCAUUCUGCUUGCAGCCUCAGGGAUGUGUGAAGAAUGUCACAGAGGAAAGCUGAGAGACCACCAGGUGCCUGAAUGUCCAGCCGGGCCACUUGCCACUUGUCCUGGGGGAGCGGGAAGGCAUUUCCUGAAUAGCGUGGAAGAGCAAUGUGAGGAAGGAUGCGCCAGCCACGAAGGUCCUCUGUGCAGACGCCUGUGCCCAGCAGUUCUUGGAGCAGCAAAGACAUCUGGACACACGGGAGGGCCUCCCCCUCCUCUCCUCUUUAGAGAGCGGUGAAUUUUGCUUUUCCGAGCCAGGAUGAAUCAGCACCCACCAAAUUUUUGAGACAGCUCACGGCUUAGAGGAAGGCUCAUCUAAAUAAAGGCCGGCUAACGUGGCAUUGCAGGGAUUUAAUCCGUCUCUGGCUGCCCGUGUGACCAGAAGGCUGAUUUGCAAGUUUCUUCUUUCCUGGGGUCCAGAUUAUCAGGUCUCCAGGGCUCUGCGACUUGACAGCAAGAGAGGUGCAAAAUGAAUCUGGUCAGAGAUAAGCGCCCCCAGCAGGGACCUGGGGGCCUCCACGGGGCUUUUACACACCAAGGCGGAAGAUUCUCUGGCCAUCAAAGGAAAUAGCAAACUGGAGCCUUUGUCCUGGGACGCAGCCUACCUACCACAGAGCAUCAGCACUGCUGGCCAGAAAGUUCAUGGAGCCUGAUCAGGGAAACGGCUAUGGUACCUGGAUGUGUGCCUGAUUGUACAGUCAGAGCUGGGAGGUUCAACUUGAAAGGAGGAAUGAAAUGUCUCGAGGGAGGCAGGCCGCUUUGGGCUCGGCUGGGUAGGCUGUGCUGGCAUUUGCCUCUGCCCUCCCCUGAUUGAAGCCCAGAAAGAGCUUUGCUCAUCCAAGAGUCUUUGCCUGGCUCUCAAAGACGCAGGGCUGUGGCAGCCCUUAGUCCCCAUCUCCCACCGACCUGGCCGCUUCCGCGCCUCCCCAGCCUGCCCUAGUCGUGCCUCUUUGCUGAGAUGGAGACGUGAGCCUGCGGUGGACGAUGACUGCCGUGUAUGUGAAUGGAGGCGGCCUGGUGAACCCCCACUAUGCCAGGUGGGACCGGCGGGAGAGCGUGGAGAGUGGCUGUCAGACGGAGUGCAACCUGGAGGACGAGGAGGGACAGCUGCGCCGGCUGACGCCCUUCGAGAAGCUGACGCAGGACAUGUCCCAGGACGAGAAGGUGGUGAGGGAGAUCACUUUGGGGAAACGGAUCGGCUUCUACCGCAUCCGAGGGGAAAUUGGAAGUGGGAACUUUUCCCAAGUCAAGCUCGGGAUUCACUCCCUGACCAAAGAAAAGGUGGCCAUUAAGAUCCUGGACAAGACCAAGUUAGACCAGAAAACCCAAAGGCUGCUAUCACGCGAAAUCUCCAGCAUGGAAAAAUUGCACCAUCCCAACAUCAUCCGCCUUUAUGAAGUCGUGGAGACCCUCUCCAAGCUCCACCUGGUGAUGGAGUAUGCAGGGGGUGGGGAGCUCUUUGGGAAAAUCAGCACGGAAGGGAAGUUCUCAGAAUCAGAAAGCAAGCUCAUCUUCUCCCAGAUUGUGUCUGCUGUGAAGCACAUGCAUGAAAACCAAAUUAUUCACAGAGAUCUGAAAGCAGAAAAUGUGUUCUAUACCAAUAAUACCUGUGUGAAGGUGGGCGAUUUUGGAUUCAGCACAGUAAGUAAAAAAGGUGAAAUGCUGAACACUUUUUGUGGGUCUCCUCCCUACGCUGCGCCCGAACUUUUUCGAGACGAGCACUACGUCGGCGUUUAUGUGGAUAUCUGGGCCUUGGGGGUGCUUUUGUACUUCAUGGUGACGGGCACCAUGCCAUUUCGGGCGGAGACCGUGGCCAAACUGAAGAAGAGCAUCCUGGAGGGCGCGUACAGCGUGCCUGCGCACGUGUCGGAGCCCUGCCUCCGCCUCAUCCAGGGCGUCCUGCAGCCGGUCCCCGCCGACCGGUACGGGAUCGACUCCAUCAUGAACAACGAAUGGAUGCAAGGGGUGCCGUACCCCACCCCUUUGGAACCUUUCCAGCUGGAUCCCAAACACUUGUCGGAAACCAGCACCCUCAAAGAAGAGGAAAACGAGGUCAAAAGCACUUUAGAACAUUUGGGCAUUACGGAAGAGCAUAUUCGAAAUAACCAAGGGCGAGAUGCCCGAAGCUCCAUCACAGGCGUCUAUCGAAUCGUUUUGCAUAGAGUCCAGAAGAAAAAGGCCUUGGAAAGUGUCCCAGUCAUGAUACUACCAGACCCUAAAGACAGAGACCUAAAGAAAGGGUCCCGUGUCUACAGAGGCAUAAGACACACAUCUAAAUUUUGUUCAAUUUUAUAAAUUGCAUCAGACUGCUGGUAAUUAACCAAGAUCAUUGUUGCUGCUUUUAAAUUUUUUCACUGACUACUUGAGUGAAGACAUUUUUGUAAUUUUUAAAUAAAUUUAAAUUUAAGAUA